CUUCCCCUCUUUCGAUCAUCUUCUUCCUUUUUCUUUUUCUUUCUUCCUCUUCUUCCUCUAUGUCUGCUGGGUUCCACCGAACCCAGAUCUGCUGGGUUCGAGGAACCCAGUUGCUGGGUUCGAGGAACCCAGUUGCUGGGUUCGAGGAACCCAGUUGCUGGGUUCCAGUGGAACCCAUUCGGUGAACCCAGUUCCACUUUUUUGUUUUUUUGUUUUUUUGUUAUAUGUUGAUUUGUGAAGAGAUUAUCCAAGACAUUAUAUGUUUGUUAUAUGUUUGUUUUAUGUUCAAAAUGGAAAUGGAAAGAACAGAAGCAGUUGGGCAAAAAAGCAAUUCUUAGUGGGUUUUCAUUUGUUUGGCUGGAAAAUGGUAUAGUUUGGGUGUUUGGAUGCUAAGAAAAUGCUUUGAAUUUG